AUCACCCAAACACAAACAAGAAUAAUCUGAAGGGAAAGCAAAACUCCAUGGCCACCGCCACAAUACCUCACUUACCUGUCCUCGUAAUCCACCACGUCCUCCAAUUCCUUCCCACAAAACUUGCCAUCCGCAUGAGCUCUCUAUGCAAGCAAUGGGAAGGGCUGUGGUCAUCAGUCCCAGUUUUAGAUUUCGACGAGGAAGACGAGCCAGACGACAGACUACAGCAUGCAAAGUUUAUCAAUUUCUUGGACAGGUGUUUGGCGUUCCCCAAGAAAUACGAGUACUUAGACAAAUUCCGGCUUCGCAUGACGUUGUUUUCAGACGAAGACGAAAAGAAAGUUCUAGAGUGCUUGCGUUUUGCAGUUGAAAGAAGAGUCAAAGAGUUGGAUAUCAGCAUCAAUAAUACAUAUCACUGUGAUUGGUAUUGCUUAUCCUGGAGGUGGAACGUUCUCAAUGCAAAGCCUAUAGUUAUUUUGAAUUUGAAGAAUGUGACCAUAUCGGACAGCCAUCAGCCUAUAAGCCUGCCCUCAUUGCAAACUCUGUCCCUCAGAGAUGUGAGCCUCACAGCCGCGUCUCUCUCCGCAUUAAUUUCAGGCUGCCCUUGCAUUCACUAUUUGUCGUUAUUAACUUCAUUCUUUUCCUUUCACUAUUAUAACAUAUCCCUGCAGACUCUUCUUGAUGCAAAAUCUUUAACUUACUUGAAUAUAGAGUGCGGGAGAUUCUGGGCUGACAAUAAUGAUGUUCCUAUAAGCCUUCCAUCAUUGAAAACUCUCAUCCUCAGAAUAGUGACUCUUCAUUACUACUAUCCUCUCUCCUCAUUAAUUUCAGGGUGCCCUUGCAUUCAGUAUUUGCGGUUAACUGGAUAUCUUCAGCCCUACUAUGAGUUAUCCAUUCAAACCCUUCUUGAUGCAAAAUCUUUAACUUCCUUAAGUCUAGAGCGCGUGAAGAUACUACCAGGUGACGAUAAUAAUGAUCGUAAAGCUGUAGGCCCUCUGUCUUUGAAAACAAUGUCCCUCAAAAAGGUGAUCCUGGAUGACAUGACUUUCGGUCGUUUGACGUCAGGGAGCCCCUGCCUUGAGCAUUUGUCAGUAUCUUUAAUAUCUGAUCAUAUUCAUAUACCGCGUUCCAGUAUCAAAUCCUUGCAAGUUACGAAUAUCAAUUCUACGACGUUCCGAGUAAGUGGAGCUAAGAAUCUUGAAUCUUUUACCUUGAUUUCAGAAUGUUCAACGCAGAUUGAGAGUAUACGGUUGGAUUGUUGCAAAAACUUGAAAUAUUUGAACAUCCGUGCUCCAGACCUGCAAGAAUUUACACUUGAAUUUAAUGGACGCAAAGAUCGUGUGAAGGCCACAGUUGAUAGUCAGACUUUGGAUUAUCCUAUAAUCAACUUUUUGGGGAAAGAGUCACCGUGCCAUGGAAACAUGUUUCUUCACUGA